UUUAUUGGAGAAAAGGAGAAAACUAAGUAGCAGAACAAGCCAAAUUAUUUACUCCUGCUUGUUUUUUCUGAGUCCUAUUUAAUACUAAAGAUCUUAAUAUCUGGAGAUUCUUGCAGAAGCCAGGCUAGAAAGAUUAUUUUCCAGGGCAGUUAUGCACAUUUAUCUAUGCACAUGGGGCUUAAGAGAAGCACCUGGGCAUAGAGAAAAAAAGAUAUUAAGAACAACUGAUAACGUCUAUUGAUGCUUACUGCCACGUAUACAUUUCCAAAGGGUUUUGUGUUGGUGAACCAUCUAUCUUCUGCAGGAUGGAAUCUACAAUGGAAGAACACAAGGACAAUCAGCUAGACUAUGAGUCAGAGAAAGUGGAAAUCUUAAGACUGGUCCAGUCAAAGAGGAACAUUAACAGUUUGAACAUGGACCUUGAAAGGGAUAUGCAGAGAAUAGAUGAAGCAAAUCAGGAACUUCUUCUCAAAAUCCAAGAGAAAGAAAAUGAGAUUCAGAGGACGGAAGGUGAGAUUGCUCACACCAGAGACUUGGCUGAAGAUGAAGAAUGGGAAAAGGAGAACCACACCAUGAUAGAGAGGGAAAAAGCCUUGCAGGAGCUGGAAGAAGAGACAGCCAGACUUGAUAGGAAGAAUGAGACUCUGGUCCACAGUAUAGAAGAACUUCAAAGAAAGCUUACAAGGAAAUCACACAAGGCAACCAAGUGUGAACAAGAAGAUCUAAAAGGAACCCCAGAAGAGUCAAAGGCUAAGUUAAAACAGCUGGAAGCUUCCUGUGCAGACCAAGAGCAAAAGCUGACCAAGGUAAUGGAAGACUAUACAUUUGUGGCACAGCUCUGUCAAGAUCAGGCCCUCUGCAUAAAGAAGUACCAGGAAACUCUGAGGAAAAUGGAAGAAGAACUAGAGACUCGGUUCCUUGAGAGAGAAAUAUCAAAAGUCUUGAGCAUGAAUUCUGCAAGAAAAAAGUUUAACAGCCAAAAUAAUAAGGAUGAUUCUCUCCAAAACAAGGGAACUUGGUUCUGUAAAAGGUUUUUUCAAUAUGUCUUUUCCACCACCCUAUUUUUCAUCAGACUGCUGGGCUACUUGUUUUUCCACAUAUGUUUUAUAAAUCCAGAUCUCCUUAUCAACACACUGCCCAAGAUAUUGAGCAGGGGCAUUCUGUGGAAGCUAAGAUGCUUCCUCUUUCCAUCUCUCACACUUGAGACAGAGGACAUGUUACCCCACUGAUACAUAAGAAAUAACCUUGAGCAAAAGAAGACAA